AGUGAGUCAGUAUCUCUUUCUCAUUAUUACAAAAACAGCAUAUAUGAUCAAUAUCAGAGAAUCUUGAUAUUAAAGAUUUAGAAGGUAAAUAGUAUGUAGAAUUUUGAAGUGUAUUCCUUUUAUUUUAUUAUUAAUACAAUAUUUAAAAGGAAUUAAACAAGCUCUUCUCAGUCAAUAUUCUCAAUUUUAGAGUUCAGAAAAAAUCCCCCUCUAGGAGACAUUGUAAGAGUCAUAAUGUCUGUUGUAAUUCUGUUUUUUGACCACUGGGUGGAGUGUGGGCCUUAAUGAGUAUAUAGGUAGGCAAAGAGUAAGAAAGGCAGGUGUGAGUUUAUGGUUGCAUGGUGUAUGGAUCAGCAGCAGAAACAUCUCUUAGGAAGUUAGAUAAUAUACAGCAUCCGGUGUUGAGAUUAUGUACAGGAGCUAUAAAAACUACACCAAUUACAGCAUUACAGGUUGAAAUGGGGGAAAUGUCAUUAGAAAUGAGAAGGGAACAAUUGUCAGUGAAUUAUUGGGUUAAUUUACAAGGCCAUAGUCAAGAGCAUCCAACGCUAGAUACUGUUGGGAAAAAGAGAGGAGGAAAAUUAAAAGUUUUGGAUGGACAGUGAUACAGAAAGCAACAGAACUUAAAGUUAAUCAGUUUAAGGUUAGUCCAACUGUACCGCUACCAGUAAUAAAACCUUGGUUAUUUUCAGAUGCUACAGUAGAUUUUACAUUGUUAGAACAGAAAAAUAAGGGUAAGGAGUGUAAUGUAUAUAAUGUGCAGAAAUAUAUUAAUGAGUACUGCAGCUAUGUUCAGAUCUACAGAUGCAUCAAAGAGUUUAGACAAUAAGACAGGAGUAGCGUUUACUGUUCCUGAAUUUCACUUAUCGGGAAAGAAAAGGACUAGUGACGAGUUAUCUGUUUAUUCAGGAGAAAUGAUUGCACUGUUAUUAGCAACACAGUGGAUAGAAGAGAUUAGACCUUUGAAAUCAGUUAUUUGUUCAGAUUCAUGUGCAUCAUUGGCUAGUUUAUUAUACAGUCAUUCGGAAAGUAAACCAGACAUUUUAAUGGAAAUAAUGCAAACGUUAUACAGAAUUCAGAUGAUGGGUAUUACAGUGGUAUUUUUAUGGGUGCCUGCACAUAUUGGUAUCCAAGGAAAUGAAACUGCAGAUAAAGAAGCAAAAGAGGCAGUUAAAAACAACGACAUUGACUUAAUUGUUAACCUAAGUAAGAGUGAAAUCAAGAGUAUUAUUAAGAAAAGACUGAAGGAAAGGUGGCAAAAACAAUGGGAUAAAGAGAAAAAAGGUCGGUGGUUUUACAGAAUUCAAAGGAAAAUGGGAGAGAUGAGAAGUGCAGGGAAAACCAGGAGAGAGGAAAUAGUAAUAUCAAGGAUGAGAUUUGGACACAAGAUUAAAUGGUACACUUUAUAAAAUGGGUAAACAUGAUACAGGAAGGUGUGGAUUUUGUGGGCAAGAAGAAUCAGUGGAACAUGUUAUUUUGUACUGUCAGAAAUACGAAACUGAAAGACAGAUUUUAAUGCAAAAUAUAGAAAAAAUAAAAGUGCAAUUUAAACUGAGAGAUAUAUUACAAAAUAACUCAAGAAAUGAAUGCUAUGGUUUUAUUUUUCAGUACCUUAAAAUAACAAAUUUGUGGGAGAGAAUGUAACACAAAAAAUAAAUAAAUAAAAUAAAAUAAAAUAAAUAAUAAAUAAAUAAAAUAAAAGGGGAAAGGUAGUCAUUUUGAUCCACACUCCAUACCAGUUGGUGGCGGAAAUACACCAUUUUGUUGUUUGUCAACCGCCAAUAAAUUUCAAGAAGAAGAAGAAGAAGAAAGUCAGGUGUGUAAUUAGAGGGAAGCACAACAUGUUUUGACCGUGUCUGGAGGUGAAUAUGGAAAGGCAUCGGAUGGGAUUUUACGUGCACUGUGCAGAGGAGCUGUGAGUUGAAGUGACCUGUACGAGCUGUGUGAUGAAUAAAUCUGGUAAAGCAGUAUUUGGAGGAUGACUUUUCUUGUUUGGAUCUCACGCGUCAGAAACCACCCUACAACACCUCAAGUGACAAAAUGGCUAUUUAUGUCACUAUAUUUGUCAAAAAAUGCUUCUUUGUGGAUUAUCACAUUAUCAUCAUUAUCUUAUAGAUGAUGCUGAGAAAUGGUUUAGUACUGAAAGUCAAGUUUCAUGUUCUGCUGUUGAUGAAAAUGUACAUCAAAAUGACAUUAAUCCAGAAGAUAGCGUUUCAGACAUCUCACGUGAAUCAAGUAAACCAGCUAGCAAGAGAAGUUGGAUCAGUGUGCGUAGCGGGAGAUCUUCUGCUUCUUCAGCACGAGUCAUGGCAGCGGCAGACAAGACUGCAUUAAUUGCACGUGCAACUGCUUUAAAAGAGAAACAUUCUUUGGAGCUGCAACAGGAAAAGCUGAGACACAGACGAGAACAACUGGAUAUUGAUGCAGAAAUAGCAGCUGCUGCCAAAAUUGCUGUUUUAAAUAAUUCUAACCAUCAGUCUCUCCAAACUUGCACAGAUGAUAUGAAUGUAUAUUAUGAUAAAGGAACUGUGAUGAGUGGCAAAGAAGUUACUCUCAACCCUCGUGCGGAGGAAUAUAUGCCAAAGAAAACUUCCCAGCAAGGAGGUUUAAGGAAUGUGAUUCGGCAAACUCACAGCGCACCACAAAUUGACCAUAAUUCUGCGUCACCAGUUCAAACAUCAAAUGUAAUGCAGAACAUUGAUGGAACAUCAACUUCAAACAUUUGCAGUGUCAUGCAGAAACAAAAUGAGAUUACUGCUCUCCUUGUAGAACAACAACAAUCCAGCACACUGCCUCAAAGAGAUAUUCCUGUGUUUGAUGGUAAUCCUCUGCAAUACAGAGCUUUCAUCAGAGCGUUUGAGCAUGGAAUAGAAGACCAAACCAAACAUAAUCGAGAUUGCUUAUACUUUCUGGAACAAUACACACGAGGUCAGCCCAGGGAACUUGUGCACAGUUGUCAUCAUAUGGAUGCACAAAGAGGGUAUUUGCAAGCCAAAGCAUUGUUAAAAGAACAUUUCGGCAAGAAAUUGAUUAUAUGGAGGAGCUGGAGAUGCCAAGCAAUUUGAAAACCAUCAUCAUAAAGUUGCCUUAUAAAUUAAGGGAAAAGUGGAGAACUGUUGCAUGCGAGCUAAUGGAAAGGCGUAAUCAUAGGCACAGUUCAAAGAUAUCGUGACAUUUAUUGAACGUCAAGUCAAAAUGUGUUACAGGAAUAGCUUUAAUAACUGAAUUAAAUUCCCUAAACUGUACGAGAAAACUGUAAGUCGACAUGAAUUGUUCGUAAGUUAAAAGAUUCCCAGAAUUGUCAAACAUUUUUAUAAGAUGAUUAAUGUCUCUGUUGAAACAAUUUGUUAAAAAUAAAGAUUUAUUUGAAGCAGUUAUAUUUCCAAGAGGUGUGAGGAGAGAAAUUGUGACAGUAACAGAUUUUUCAAGCGAGAAGGGCUUGCUGAUGAAAUUUGGAUAAUUUGAGGGGGAUUUUAGAAAUAUUAUAAUCACAUGUUACCAGAAAUUUCAAGCCACCAAUUUGAUUAAAGAGACUACACUGUAAAAACUAAAGGUUCCUGGAGGCACCUUUUGGGGUUCUUCACUUUGCCGCGCCGGCGGGACCCUCUGUAGAGCCUCUAGGCACCGUUUUAAAAGAGGUGGUUCUCUGAGGAUCUUUAAUGCUUCCUGGAGGAACCCUUUUAUUAAGAAUGGUCAGGAACCACCUUCGAGGCACCAUUUCCUAAUUUCAGUUCUUUAAUAUUUGCACCCCCCACCCCUCCCACUAGUUUAUUGUUCUUGCUAUUGACAUUUUUAAUUAAAUAUUGUUUCAAUGCAGCUUUACAGAAAUCAUGAGUAAACCAAAAGCAGUGUGCAAUAGAAAAAAAAUAAAAAAUAAAAAAACAAGGUGCAAAAACAAAAUGACUUGAAAUGAGUUGUUUGUUUGUAUGUACUGUCUUGCAGUGUAGCGUCGCUACUAGUUUAACUACAUUUCUCAGUAGCGUGGUGGUAGCGUCGCUGCUUUCUGAAUUAAAUAGCUUUUCAGUAGCGAAGCUCUCUUUUUUUUUUGAUCAAGUAAAAGCUAACGUUACAUUAUCCAAAGCAUUCUGAAACUCAAGCUCAAAUCGGAAAUAUAACUGCUACGGGUCACUGAUCCUGGAUCAGUAAAAGUGAAGCCACAGACACUAAAGCUCGUAACGCCAUUGGCUCCUCAAACUGUCAGUCAAACCUCAUUAUUCCUCCCGCCUCUCUCGUCAAUGAAGUGCGGCGCGCAGUUUAGAGCAUCUCAGCUUGUUUGCUGUCUGAAGAUAAACAAAGAACUGUUGAUUGAAGAAGUACAGCGUUUUCUUUACUCAAGAAACACUACAUUUAUAAAGGCUAAUGUUUUUUUUGUUUGUUUGUUUUUUUUGUAUUUAAGGAGCGGAGAAGAGUGUCUUAGUCUAGCAUUUGUUGUCAAGUCACAGCCAAAUAGCUCGUGCGAAGCGCUGAAUCUUUUAUAAUAUGAUACUUCGGCCAAAUAACAGAAAAAACUGAGCGCCCACAUAGCGGCAAGUUCAUGAAAAUGUAAA